AAUAGCCAAAUAAACACUUGGGUAACGUUUGUUUUGGUUUAGCUAUUCAGUUCUGCAAUGUCAGCUAAGUAGCUAGCUAGCUAUGCCACACGUGAAAUAGUUGGCUUGCUAACUGAUAGGUUAACGUUAGCCAUUGUUGUUAGAACUGGCUAACCAUGUUGUAUUUUGUUUCAGUUCGCGCCGCUGACGUGUUGGUCUUAGCUAUUAUCAGUAAACCACGCCAACUGUUACUAAUUAAUUGGCUAACUUACUAGAUAGAUACUGGCUUUGAUUGCUAGUUAGUUAGCUCUCUACCAACCGAACUAAAGUUGGCUAGCUAGCUACAAUGCAAGAGCGAAGUAUCAAGACGGGGUAUAGUCAUUAGUGUACACCGUAGCAAACAGUUGCAAAACGUUUUGCAACGUAAACGAGUUUUUAUUGGACACAGGUCAGUUCUAGAUAUUGAAUACACCCCAGCUAGCCACUGUACUGGAAUGUUCUGUUGUGGUUCUUGUUUUAUGCUCAUCACAUUCUUACCAGAAUAGACGAUAAUAAACUUUGUUUAAAACCUCUUAUAAAGUUGGAUUUGUAGCAUAAACUGGGAAUUUUAUGUUUUUGAUUAUGAUUGUCUGUUUCAUAUGUGCAAAGUCGUUAAAACGAUGUCCACUUUAACAACAUAUUUUAGCCAUUAAAUAGUAUAGCAUGCCUACAUCUUAUAUCAAUAAAUCAAAUGUAUUUAUAAAGCCCUUAUUACAUCUUUUUUAUUUAUUUUUAUUUAUUUCACCUUUAUUUAACCAGGUAGGCAAAUUGAGAACACGUUCUCAUUUACAAUUGCGACCUGGCCAAGAUAAAGCAAAGCAGUUCGACACAUACAACAACACAUAGUUACACAUGGAGUAAAACAAACAUACAGUCAAUAAUACAGUGAAAAAUAAGUCUAUAUACAAUAUGAGCAAGUGAGGUGAGAUAAGGGAGGUGAAGGCAAACAAAAUAUAUAUAUAUAAAUAAAUAAAAAUAUAAAAAGGCAAUGGUGGCGAAGUAAAUACAAUAUAGCAAGUAAAAAAAAAGUAAAAAAAAGUAGAGAUAGUAGAGAUAGAAAAAAGUAGAGAUAGAAAUAAUGGGGUGCAAAGGAGCAAAAUAAAUAAAUAAAUACAGUAGGUAAAGAGGUAGUUGUUUGGGCUAAAUUAUAGAUGGGCUAUGUACAGGUGCAGUAAUCUAUGAGCUGCUCUGACAGCUGGUGCUUAAAGCUAGUGAGGGAGAUAAGUGUUUCCAGUUUCAGAGAUUUUUGUAGUUUGUUCCAGUCAUUGGCAGCAGAGAACUGGAAGGAGAGGCGGCCAAAGGAAGAAUUGGAUUUGGGGGUGACCAGAGAGAUAUACCUGCUGGAGCGUGUUCUACAGGUAGGCCAUGGCUCGCGGUCAACAGAAGAUUCAAUCCCAGCAAAAGAACGCCAAGGCGGCAGCUGCUAAGAAGAAGGGAGCGGCAGCAGACCAGAAGACUGCAGCCAAGGCAGCACUGGUCCACACCUGCCCCGUCUGUCGGACGCAGGUGCCGGACCCGAAGACGUUCAAGCAGCACUUUGAGAGCAAGCAUCCCAAAUCCCCAAUGCCCCCAGAGCUGGAUGAUGUUGAGGCUUAAAAGACCAACACACACAAUGGACCUACAGCUGGACACGGGAUGACCACGAUUAGAGCGCUGCAACUGGAACUAAAUGGUGUCAAGAGACAAAACACUGAGGCUCCUGGACAUGGGUGGGGGAAUAUGUGUGACAAUGACCUAAAAUGGGGGCAGAAGCACACCAGCACCCCAUCUUAUAUGUCCAAACACCCCUCAACUUCAAGCACCCACCCAUUGAAGCACCCAUCUUAAUCAUAUGAGCCCACUCUACCUACUUUCCUUUUCCCUAUGCUGCUUCCUUCAUUCAUUCCUGAUUCAGUAACAUCUAGACUGUUACAUGUCUAAAAGUGUCAUGGUUUUACUGUUUUUCCAACUUUUUCUCAUUUGUGUACCGCUGUCUUACUUUUACCCCCCAACUCUUUUCUAUACCUCCUCCCAUACACUCUUGUGCAAAUCAUUUCUGCUUUCUUUGAGAAUGGUGUCAUAGUGGAAAAGAUUUGUUAAUUGCCCAAGACUGAGCCUUGUUCUGCCUGUAAAAGGCCCUGGUCGACACAGUGCCAAAAUCACUUUUGAUAGUCGCCGGGUCCACGUUGUAACAAUUGUAUUUUGCAUUUGACCAUUUCCAAGAACUGUAGCAAUAUAUAUGAAAGCAUUCCUCUGCCUAUUUGAUCCAUUCUGAAGGAAAGCAGUGAAUACGUUUUGUAUGUGUGAGAGAAUAUGUAUGCCUUGUAAUGCUAGCAGAAUAUGGUUACUUCCGAAUGCAAGUUAAAUGCCAUUCCGUCUAUACUGAUACCAGGCAAAUGCGUACUUAUAAGUAUUUUCAAAUGUAUUUCCAAUAUACUGAAGUGCUAUGUAGCUGAACAAGGGUGACACUGUCAAGGAUAGGAGUUUUUGGAGGUCUGUGUUCACUGGCAUUUCCUCUCACUUCUGCAUCAAAUCAACCUCUACAAUAUAUAUUCUACUUAUUUUAUUACAAAAAUAGCAGUACACAGUCCUCCAUAAAUAUAUUGACAAUGACACAUUCCUGUGUAUUGGAUCCUCUGUACAUAGAAAAACUGCAAAAAAAUAGAAUGACAUUUGCCAUUGCUACUAACUUGUACUGGUUAAAAGUAUAAUUAAAGAAAUGCAAAAAAAA